GCGGGCGGCCGGGCAGUGCCCGCCUCGGCGGCCGCUCCCGCUCCGCCCCCGCCGUGCGACUGGGACGGCCGGGGCGGAGGCACGGCCGGGGGAGUCAGCAGAGUGAAGAGUUGGCAAAGCACUGAAGGAGACGGAAGAAAGAAAGGGACAUGGAGAGUCAGGAACUGCCUUAUGUGCUAGUUGACUCUAUAGGAGGGAGGCUUGGAGUAUAUGAAGACCAUCUUGGAUUUCUGAAGAAACGUUUUCAUCUCAUCACCAUGAAAGAAUAUCUUGAAAACAAGACGUUUCUCAGCAAAAAGAUCAGAGCUAUCUAUGUGUGGUAUCACAAACCAGCUAUUAAUGAAGAGCUGCUCCAGAGCUUGCCUAACCUGAAGGUAGUUGCAAGUGCUGGAGUGGGAAUAGAUCACUUGGACCUGAAACUCCUCUCCAGCUAUGGCGUGAAGGUGUCCAAUACUCCAUUUAUUGUUUCCACUGACACUGCAGACAUGGCGAUGGCUUUGUUGCUGGCAUCUUCCAGGAGACUUGUGGAAGGCCAUGAGAUGGCAGUCUCCCCUGACACAGAGUAUUUUCCUGUUGACUGGCUGGGGGCUGAGGUUUCUGGAGCAACCCUGGGGAUCCUGGGAAUGGGCAAAAUUGGUUACAAAGUGGCUGAAAGAGCCAAAGCCUUUGAAAUGAAGAUUUUGUACCACAACAGAAAUCAGAGAAAAAAGGAAGAAGAAAGUGCUGUUGGAGCUGUUUACUGUAAGAAGAUAGAUGAUUUGCUCCAGCAGUCAGAUUUUGUGAUAUUGGCUGUGAACCUAACUCCACAAACACACAAACUGAUUGGGAAGAGGGAACUGGAGCUGAUGAAACCUACUGCUACUCUUAUUAAUAUCAGCAGAGGUCUGAUAGUGGAUCAGGAUGCUUUGGUGGAAGCCCUUCAAAACAAAGUUAUUAAGGCAGCUGCUCUGGAUGUGGCAUAUCCUGAACCUUUGCCAAGGGAUCACCCCUUGUUAAAGCUGAAGAAUGUUAUCAUAACUCCUCACAUUGGAAGUGCCACCAAGAAGACGCGCUGGGCUAUGAUGGAGGAAAUGGCAGAGAGCAUACAGGCAGGCCUGGAGGGUCUUCCUAUCCCCCGUGAGGUGCUGCCGUAAAGCAGCUUGUGUUUAGGAUUAAUGCCAUCGGUGCAGAAGCAGCAAUUUGAUCACUUUUCCUGUAAUUAUUUCAUGUAAUUUCGUGUUGUGAAGAUAAAAUAUAUAAAUCACGGGUUCAAUUUAUUUAAA